GACUUGUUUCUUUUCUCCCUCCUGGACGCUUUCUUCAAUUUUCACAUCUGAUCUGUCAGAGUAGCGACGGUCCGUUUCCUUGUCCUCUUCUCUUUCGUUGUCUUCAAUUACACAUAAUAUCUAUAGCUAUAUAUAUACAUAAAGUAAAAACAAAGUUAAGCACGCGGAAUGUCUCGCGCGUCCAACAAGAUCGGCGGCGGCAUGGCCAGCGCCAACGUCGUCGACCACGGCGUUUACAUCAAACCCAUGUCCUGCAACCCGUACAUCUCCACCGUUCACGACGGCGCCACCACCGAGUACAUGCAGGGCUUCGCCCCGAAGCACAUGCACUGGCUCUACCGCUUCCGCUACAACCUGCUUCCGCAGGGCAUGUCGGGCGGCUUCUUCUCCCGCAACCCGUACGGCCGCUACGUGCAUUGGCUCGAGGUGAGCACGAUUGAAAAGAUGCGUCUGCAGGCCAUGACGAUGGAGUCGGUGCCGUGCUCCGUCGUGAGCGCGAUUAUGCUGGUCUUUACGACGUGGCACUGCUACCGCCUCAUCUUUCUGCACCCCGAUCUCACCCUCUACAACGUCGGGCUGUGGCCCACCAAGCCGUGGGUGCAGCAGCAGCGCUUCAACAAGAAGAUCGAGGUGGACCAGCCCCUCUACCGCUGGGUGCACCGCGCGCCGGAGUUCCUGAUGAACGACCCGAUCCGCGACGUCAAAAAGCUGGGCAUCACCGCAAAUGACACGGUCGACGCAAUGGCGAAGGAGCAGGGCGUGGAGCACGAGCUGACGAUGGAUCGCUCCGAGUACACGGCCAGCUCGCCGGAUAUUCGCCGCGUGAUCGCCAAUGCCCGCAAGGAUGUGGUGCACAGCAGCCAGUCGAGCAGCGCGCUGACCUCCAUGAUUGGCAAGUAA